GGAUGUGUAGUCCCGCCUUGCGGGGCGAGCCUCCGGGGCAGGGAGAGGGGGGUUCGGGUUUUCGGGUUUUCGGGUUUGUGCUUCCCGCGCAGCGCUCGCGCCCCGCCCGGGCUCGCCGCUGACGUGGACGGCCCGGGAGGCUCCUGAGUGAUGCGGGGAGCGUUGUAAUGGCCGCGAGCGCCUCGACCGAGGGGGCGCAGUGAUCCCGCUCCGUUUUAGGGGGGCCCCUUAAGGGGGAGGCUAACGAAGGCGAGCGCGGCUCCGGGGCCGUCUGCUGCGCGGGCUCCAGGCCGCCGUGCUACUAGAGACCCCGGGGAGGCUGACCCCCCCCGCCCGCACCUGCAGCUGCACCUGCACCCGCACCCGCACCCGCACCCGCACCCGCACCUCCGCCAGCGCCGCAGGACCGGAUGACGGCGACGGGGACAUGCCGACCAACUGCGCCGCGGCGGGCUGCGCCACUACCUACGACAAGCACAUUAACAUCAGCUUCCACAGGUUUCCUUUGGAUCCUAAGAGAAGAAAAGAAUGGAUUCGUCUGCUUAGGCGCAAAAAUUUUGUGCCAGGAAAACACACUUUUCUUUGUUCAAAGCACUUUGAAGCCUCCUGUUUUGACUUAACAGGACAAACUCGACGACUUAAAAUGGAUGCUGUUCCAACCAUUUUUGAUUUCUGUACCCAUUUAAAGUCUAUGAAACUCAAGUCAAGGAAUCUUUUGAAGAAAAACAACAAUUGUACCCCAAAAGGACCAUCUAAUUUAAAACCAAACAUUAGUAGUCAGCAAGUACUACUUGAACACAGUUAUGCUUUUAGGAAUCCUAUGGAGGCAAAAAAGAGGAUAAUUAAACUGGAAAAGGAAAUAGCAAGCUUAAGAAAGAAAAUGAAAACUUGCUUACAAAAAGAACGCAGAGCAACACGAAGAUGGAUCAAAGCCACGUGCUUGGUGAAGAAUCUGGAAGCAAAUAACAUAUUACCUAAGGGCACAUCAGAACACAUUUUACCAACUGCCUUAAGCAGUCUUCCUUUGGAAGAUUUCAAGAUUCUUGAACAAAAUCCACAAGAUAAAACAUUACCAAUUCUAUAAAACAGUCAUUUAAGAUUAAUUGGUCUACAAGGAACUUGAGGCCCAUCCUUCAUUCUAUUCAAAGGUAAAGAUAUUUAAGGAAAUUAUGCCAAAUUGGAUAUUUAAUAAAGUUUUACUUAAAGUAACAUUAUAUAAUUUAUGAAGACUUGAUUAUAAAAAAAAAUGGAAACUUUCUAUGAAACUUUUAUUUGAAAAAGAAUGGAAGUGCCUUACUUAAGAAUUACGUACUGAAAAAUUUUGCUAAGAAAUUGUAUGUUUGCAAGGUGUUUUUUUGUCUUUUAAAAUUAAAGAACUGUGAUAUGUUUAAUUUAAAUUGGAAAAAAAUUGUUUUUCCUGUACCAGUGUUGGGAUAUUACAUUCUAAAUAGGAUGCUAAGUAGGAGUUAACCAACAUUAAAUAUGACUUUAAAACUGCUGGGCUUUGUAUUAAUUGAAUCAUUAUUGGCACUGGAUUUGGAAAUUUUAUAGGAAAAAAUUCUGAGGUAUAAGGCAAAUUCUGUUAUUUAGUUAAACUUUCUGUAUCUACUCACCAAUAAAAGUGAGUUAAUCAUGGCUUCCCUCAUGAAAAUAUUGGCUUUUAAAAUAGAUUGUAAAAAAAAUAAAAUAAAAUAGAUUGUAAAAUAUUUUGAAAAUAAUAUUUUGGGGAUCCCUGGGUGGUGCAGCAGUUUGGCGCCUGCCUUUGGCCCAGGGCGCGAUCCUGGAGACCCAGGAUCGAAUCCCACAUCAGGCUCCCGGUGCAUGGAGCCUGCUUCUCCCUCUGCCUAUGUCUCUGCCUCUCUCUCUCUCUCUCUCUGUGACUAUCAGAAAGAAAGAAAGAAAGAAAGAAAGAAAGAAAGAAAGAAAGAAAGAAAGAAAGAAAGAAAGAAAGAAAGAAAGAAAGAAAGAAAGAAACCCUUGUGGAUAGGUGAUUUAAAAAAAAAAAAGAAAGAAAAUAAUAUUUUGAAAGUGAAGUACUCUUGCAUCAUCCAAGCAAGGUAAGGCCUCAAGAACCUCAGACUAGUGAAAAUAGGUAGCCGAUUAUACAUCGUGAAAUACUCUAGACAUUGUGAUCUAGCUUUUACCUUAAAUAAAACGAUAAAUUCAUAUUAUUUUUUUUCCUCAUAAUAAAAAUAUUUCAUUUUCAGUUCCAAAGAUGUUACAUUAAUUAGGCAACAUGAUACAAAGUUCUGUUAGGAAUACCCCCUUGCCCGCAUAUAUGUUGAUACCAAAACUCUUACACUGUUUUUUCCCCAUAAGCCCUCAUUAGGUUUAAUCACAGAAAGGUACUUACCAUAUUAUAUCUUCACAACUUAGAUGGAAUCAAUCUAUUGUACAUAUCAGCUUGCUUUUAUCUCCCUUUUUAGCGAGUCUAAUAGAGCAACUGUACUGCAGAAGGGAAGUGAAAUGUAUUUUCUAUAUAAAUACAUGUGUCUGAAAAGCUAUGCAAAUGCUAAUUAUUUUACAAAAUAGAACUAUGAUAGUUUCCACUUGAACUAAUUAAGCGGUUCACCAUAAUUCACCACAUAAAUUUUUGAUUUUAAUAAGAAUCCUUCCCUUCAAAUGUGAUUUUUGGGAAAAUCACAUUAAAUUUAUUAAUGUGUAAUCAAGUUAUUCAAUCUUAGUUCAGGCUUCUGACACUACUAUAUGAAAGUAGCAUGCAUCUACCUAACCAAAAUUGCUCUAAAGUUCUUCCUUUAAGGUAAUAGCUAUCUUAUUUUAUAAAGAAAUUUGGCGGUUUUAUCAGGGUGAAAGUUUUGUUUUUGAUAGUAUUUGCUUGGAUCCUAGCAAUAGUCUCCUUCCAGCAUUAGCACUCUUUCUUUUAAUAAGGAUUGCCUCCCAACCAACUAGAUUUCACAAAGGCAAGGAUAAGAAAAGUCUGUAUUAUUAUCAUCAGGCACUUACAACAAAUAUUUAUGAAAAUCCUUUUGUGAAUAUUGUAAACCUUGUUAGUCAUUUUAUUUUAAAUAUUGGACAUAACUCCUUGGAAUUGUCAUUUUGUUUUUUUUCUACUAUGGUUUCAAAUAUCUCUUCACUUACUGACCAUAACGUUAUACCUCAAAAUAAGUUGGGCUAAUAAUCAUUUAAACAUAAACUGUUUUCCAACAAUAAACUCUCAUGUAGUUCAUCACCCCUCUCCAAUAUAAAACAAAAUACUAAUUAAUGAAGGUCAGUUCCUAUCUACAAUAGUAUCUUGGUGUCUUAAGGUAACAUUUUAAAAAUUACCCCAAAAUCCCAUAAAAUACAAGCUUUUGACAAAGUUAACUUAGACUUCAUUAUUAUUUGAGACUACUGAAUAAAUUACCACUCAGUAAUUUUAAAGUAAAUUUUUUUGGUGUUUUCUCCAUGUCAUUGUCAGGUUACUGUCCUGAUAACAUGCUUUAAAUUCUCCCUGCAUCAAAUUGUUUCAUUAACAUACAGAUACUUGUCUACCUUAAAACUAGGUUCAUUCAUAGAGAAAAACCUAAAUCUUUUUAAAUCCUGUUUUCAGUAGUUGAUAAACUUAUCAUUUUGACUGUCUACCAUCUGCUCUUUUUCAUCUGCUGGACCCAACACAUAUCCUCUGUUCAUUCUCUGUUGUUAUUCAUUCUAUGCCUGCCAGGAACUAACCUCUACAAAGAACCAGCAAAAGGCUAAUGACUUUAUAUAAAGAUGACAUGAUUAUCUGCCCUUAAAUUCCUUAAGAGUCUCCUGAGAGAAAAAAAAAUAUCUUUGUAAUACAAUAUGAUAAAUGUCAUAAACAAAAUAUAUGUGAAGUGCUUUGGUAAAUGCUGUUGAGUUAGAAUUUAAUAAGUAUAAACAUUUUAGACCUUUUUCCCAAAAAACUUAUCCCUUGAAACAAAACAGAUUUUUCUUAUGACUUACCAAAUGAGAUAGAAAGACAUCAGUAUGGACUUGAAUUAAAUAGUGUUUUCAUGAAUUGUAAAUUUUUCCCCUUGAAAAUGAACACUGAACAAAUUAGUUGUUAAUGGUAUCUUUGUUAACAGGAAAACGUAACUGAAUAAAAUACUGUGUCAAACCCAAGUACCCAGAUUUAUUUGACAUUUGAUGUUUUUAUAAAAUAACGAUCUACUAACAGAUUUUUACAAAUAAUUCAGCUCAGAGUCUUAAAGUUAACAAAGCCCUAUGGUAUGCAUUAGCUCUCUUGUCCUUUACAAAUAUUCUGUGGUGGGUGGCAUUAUCUCCAAUAUACAGAUGAAGAAAUCCUUGUUAAUGUUAUUUAUUUACUUAGACGUUUAAUGUGUGCUUAUUGGCACAAGGAAUAGAAAUGCCAGCAGUCCAGGAAGUUAAAUCCUAAAUUGAACAAUGGUGUUCAGCCUUCAAAUCCUCUGCUCUGCCCUCCACGUUUUAGCCCCCUAUCCAAAAUAUCAAUCAUGCUAUUAAAGUAGGAUGUCCUGUGUCUCAAAAAACUAAAAUAAAAAAUUUUUACAUGUGUAUAUACUUAAGAUAGUCUGUGAAGUCAGUAUAGAACUUUUCUAGGUAAACUUUAUAAUGUUUGUAUUUUAUCUCAUUUCUCAAUAUUAGAAUACGGGUACAUUUUAAUUUUGGUAUAAUUGAGAAAAUAGCUCAUCUUUAUGCCAGAAUGUAGUUUUAUUUAGGUAUUUAGACAGUUGGAAAAUUUCUAAAAUUGAUGAUUUUAUAAUGUAUGUUAAACAAUUACAUAUUGUAUUCUGAGUAUGUUGAUAUUAAACAUUUUUUUACAAGGAAAUUACUGUCAUUCCUAUUAUUUUACAAAAAUGUACAUGAAUAUCUCUGGGGAAAUCUUUCCCCUAAAUGGACCCCCUAAAAUACUUCUGUAGAAGUCCUUGCCCCUAGAUUGAAGCAAAUUGUAAACAAAAUAAAGAUAUGUAAAGCCUA